AUGGCUUCGGGAAACUGGAUCUGUGUAUUGACUUUUUGCAUUUUAACUGCAGAAUCACAUGCUCAGCUUGAUGUAUGUGGCACUGUUCCACUCAAACCCAGGAUAGUUGGAGGUGAAGACGCUCCAGCUGGAAGUUGGCCCUGGCAGGUUAGUCUGCAGAGAUUUGGCAGCCAUGUUUGUGGUGGAUCCCUCAUCAACAGAGAGUGGGUGAUGUCUGCUGCUCACUGCUUCUCCAGUGUGAGUACGUCUAGAUGGCGGGUUUCUCUUGGACGUCAGAACCUGGAGGGCAGUAACCCAAAUGAAGAGUCCAGCACUGUUGCUGAAAUAGUGUUACACCCCGCUUAUGACAGUGUCACCAGCAACAAUGACAUUGCUCUGCUCAGACUCUCAUCACCAGUUCAAUUCACAGACUACAUCAGACCUGUGUGUCUGGCAGCCGGUGACAGUGUGUUCAACAGCGGCACUGAUAGCUGGGUCACUGGCUGGGGUGCAGUCCAGGAGGGAGAGCCAUUACCGUUCCCUGAAACCCUUCAGGAAGUGGAGGUGCCAGUUCUGGGAAACAGACAGUGUAACUGUCUCAAUGGAGUCGGUACAAUCACAGACAACAUGAUCUGUGCUGGUCUUCUGGCAGGAGGCAAAGACUCAUGUCAGGGUGACUCAGGAGGUCCAAUGGUGAACCAGCAGGGCUCCGUCUGGGUCCAGUCUGGAAUUGUUAGUUUUGGUUAUGGCUGUGCUCGGCCCGAUCUUCCGGGAGUCUACGCCAGAGUGUCCAACUACCAGUCUUGGAUAAACUCCCACAUCAAGUCUGAUAAGCCAGGCUUUGUCCAGUUCAGCUCCAGUGGGCUGGAUGCUGAUAACAGCUACACCUGUCCUGGUCUGCCACCUCCUCCUGUCACUGCUGCAACUAUUACUACUGCAGAACCAGACACUGCUACUGACCCAGGAUCCACAGAAACAAGUGCUGAAUUGUGUGGCAUCACUCCCCUGAACACCAGGAUAGUUGGAGGUGAAGACGCUCCAGCUGGAAGUUGGCCCUGGCAGGUUAGUCUGCAGAGAUUUGGCAGCCAUGUUUGUGGUGGAUCCCUCAUCAACAGAGAGUGGGUGAUGUCUGCUGCUCACUGCUUCUCCAGUGUGAGUACGUCUAGAUGGCGGGUUUCUCUUGGACGUCAGAACCUGGAGGGCAGUAACCCAAAUGAAGAGUCCAGCACUGUUGCUGAGAUAGUGUUACACCCCGCUUAUGACAGUGUCACCAGCAACAAUGACAUUGCUCUGCUCAGACUCUCAUCACCAGUCCAAUUCACAGACUACAUCAGACCUGUGUGUCUGGCAGCCGGUGACAGUGUGUUCAACAGCGGCACUGAUAGCUGGGUCACUGGCUGGGGUGCAGUCCAGGAGGGAGAGCCAUUACCGUUCCCUGAAACCCUUCAAGAAGUGGAGGUGCCAGUUCUGGGAAACAGACAGUGUAACUGUCUCAAUGGGGUCGGUACAAUCACAGACAACAUGAUCUGUGCUGGUCUUCUGGCAGGAGGCAAAGACUCAUGUCAGGGUGACUCAGGAGGUCCAAUGGUGAACCAGCAGGGCUCCGUCUGGGUCCAGUCUGGAAUUGUUAGUUUUGGUUAUGGCUGUGCUCGGCCCAAUCUUCCGGGAGUCUACGCCAGAGUGUCCAACUACCAGUCUUGGAUCAACUCCCACAUCAAGUCUGAUAAGCCAGGCUUUGUCCAGUUCAGCUCCAGUGGGCUGGAUGCUGAUAACAGCUACACCUGUCCUGGUCUGCCACCUCCUCCUGUCACUGCUGCAACUAUCACUACUGCAGAACCAGACACUGCUACUGACCCAGGAUCCACAGAAACAAGUGCUGAAUUGUGUGGCAUCACUCCCCUGAACACCAGGAUAGUUGGAGGUGAAGACGCUCCAGCUGGAAGUUGGCCCUGGCAGGUUAGUCUGCAGAGAUUUGGCAGCCAUGUUUGUGGUGGAUCCCUCAUCAACAGAGAGUGGGUGAUGUCUGCUGCUCACUGCUUCUCCAGUGUGAGUACGUCUAGAUGGCGGGUUUCUCUCGGCCGUCAGAACCUGGAGGGCAGUAACCCAAAUGAAGAGUCCAGCACUGUUGCUGAGAUAGUGUUACACCCCGCUUAUGACAGUGUCACCAGCAACAACGACAUUGCUCUGCUCAGACUCUCAUCACCAGUCCAAUUCACAGACUACAUCAGACCUGUGUGUCUGGCUGCCGGUGACAGUGUGUUCAACAGCGGCACUGAUAGCUGGGUCACUGGCUGGGGUGCAGUCCAGGAGGGAGAGCCAUUACCGUUCCCUGAAACCCUUCAGGAAGUGGAGGUGCCAGUUCUGGGAAACAGACAGUGUAACUGUCUCAAUGGAGUCGGUACAAUCACAGACAACAUGAUCUGUGCUGGUCUUCUGGCAGGAGGCAAAGACUCAUGUCAGGGUGACUCAGGAGGUCCAAUGGUGAACCAGCAGGGCUCUGUCUGGGUCCAGUCUGGAAUUGUUAGUUUUGGUUAUGGCUGUGCUCGGCCCAAUCUUCCGGGAGUCUACGCCAGAGUGUCCAACUACCAGUCUUGGAUCAACUCCCACAUCAAGUCUGAUAAGCCAGGCUUUGUCCAGUUCAGCUCCAGUGGACUGGAUGCUGAUAACAGCUACACCUGUCCUGGUCUGCCACCUCCUCCUGUCACUGCUGCAACUAUUACUACUGCAGAACCAGACACUGCUACUGACCCAGGAUCCACAGAAACAAGUGCUGAAUUGUGUGGCAUCACUCCCCUGAACACCAGGAUAGUUGGAGGUGAAGACGCUCCAGCUGGAAGUUGGCCCUGGCAGGUUAGUCUGCAGAGAUUUGGCAGCCAUGUUUGUGGUGGAUCCCUCAUCAACAGAGAGUGGGUGAUGUCUGCUGCUCACUGCUUCUCCAGUGUGAGUACGUCUAGAUGGCGGGUUUCUCUCGGCCGUCAGAACCUGGAGGGCAGUAACCCAAAUGAAGAGUCCAGCACUGUUGCUGAGAUAGUGUUACACCCCGCUUAUGACAGUGUCACCAGCAACAAUGACAUUGCUCUGCUCAGACUCUCAUCACCAGUCCAAUUCACAGACUACAUCAGACCUGUGUGUCUGGCUGCCGGUGACAGUGUAUUCAACAGCGGCACUGAUAGCUGGGUCACUGGCUGGGGUGCAGUCCAGGAGGGAGAGCCAUUACCGUUCCCUGAAACCCUUCAGGAAGUGGAGGUGCCAGUUCUGGGAAACAGACAGUGUAACUGUCUCAAUGGGGUCGGUACAAUCACAGACAACAUGAUCUGUGCUGGUCUUCUGGCAGGAGGCAAAGACUCAUGUCAGGUACGCUGCUUCUUUGAAUCCGUCACUUGUUGUUAAAUUGUGUUUAGGAAAUGCUUAGAUUUCUCCUUCAAAUGUUCUCAGGGUGACUCAGGAGGUCCAAUGGUGAACCAGCAGGGCUCCGUCUGGGUCCAGUCUGGAAUUGUUAGUUUUGGUUAUGGCUGUGCUCGGCCCAAUCUUCCGGGAGUCUACGCCAGAGUGUCCAACUACCAGUCUUGGAUCAACUCCCACAUCAAGUCUGAUAAGCCAGGCUUUGUCCAGUUCAGCUCCAGUGGGCUGGAUGCUGAUAACAGCUACACCUGUCCUGGUCUGCCACCUCCUCCUGUCACUGCUGCAACUAUCACUACUGCAGAACCAGACACUGCUACUGACCCAGGAUCCACAGAAACAAGUGCUGAAUUGUGUGGCAUCACUCCCCUGAACACCAGGAUAGUUGGAGGUGAAGACGCUCCAGCUGGAAGUUGGCCCUGGCAGGUUAGUCUGCAGAGAUUUGGCAGCCAUGUUUGUGGUGGAUCCCUCAUCAACAGAGAGUGGGUGAUGUCUGCUGCUCACUGCUUCUCCAGUGUGAGUACGUCUAGAUGGCGGGUUUCUCUCGGCCGUCAGAACCUGGAGGGCAGUAACCCAAAUGAAGAGUCCAGCACUGUUGCUGAGAUAGUGUUACACCCCGCUUAUGACAGUGUCACCAGCAACAAUGACAUUGCUCUGCUCAGACUCUCAUCACCAGUCCAAUUCACAGACUACAUCAGACCUGUGUGUCUGGCUGCCGGUGACAGUGUAUUCAACAGCGGCACUGAUAGCUGGGUCACUGGCUGGGGUGCAGUCCAGGAGGGAGAGCCAUUACCUUUCCCUGAAACCCUUCAGGAAGUGGAGGUGCCAGUUCUGGGAAACAGACAGUGUAACUGUCUCAAUGGAGUCGGUACAAUCACAGACAACAUGAUCUGUGCUGGUCUUCUGGCAGGAGGCAAAGACUCAUGUCAGGGUGACUCAGGCGGUCCAAUGGUGAACCAGCAGGGCUCCGUCUGGGUCCAGUCUGGAAUUGUUAGUUUUGGUUAUGGCUGUGCUCGGCCCAAUCUUCCGGGAGUCUACGCCAGAGUGUCCAACUACCAGUCUUGGAUCAACUCCCACAUCAAGUCUGAUAAGCCAGGCUUUGUCCAGUUCAGCUCCAGUGGGCUGGAUGCUGAUAACAGCUACACCUGUCCUGGCCUGCCACCUCCUCCUGUCACUGCUCCAGGAUCCAUAGAAAGUGCUAAAUCUACCACCAUAACUUCCACAACAACCCGUACUACAACCGAAACUGUAACCACUUCUGGAUCAUCAGUGUGUGGCAAAGCUUCGAUGAACAGUCAUGCAGCUGGUGACCGUGGUCUUGUACCUGGAGGGAUUUGGCCCUGGAUGGUUAGUCUCUACAAAAAUGGGGUCUACACAUGUGGAGGAACCCUGAUAUCUAAAAACUUCGUCCUCACUUCUGCCCAGUGCUUCUCCACCUCAAAUCCCGAUGAGCGUGAGUGGAGAGUGUUGCUGGGCCCACGCCUAGUGAAUGGCACUGAAGAGUUUGUGAUGACUCGGGGUGUUAAGAGAAUUAAACUGAGUGGAUUUAUGAGCUCAAAUAUUGCAUUGCUGAAGCUGACAAAGCGAGCCAGCACAGGACAUUUUAUCCAGCCUGUGUGUAUGGACAUAAGUAAAGCCCGAAGCUUCCCCGUUGGAACUCGAUGCUGGGUGGCAGGCCGGGAUAUGGGCAGCAGGAGCGGAGAAACUCAUAAAGCCGACUCAGGCCUUCGGGGUAUUGAAACUCAAGUGGCAAGCUGUGGAACUGGUUCUGAUCCUGACAACAUUUGCACUUACGCCAUGAACCUUCAAAAGGGGGAUCAGGGCGGCCCUCUGUUCUGCAAGUCAGACUCCUCUUGGUUCCAGGUGGCCGUGGUAUCGACGAGUGGAAAUAAAUCAGUCCGCUCUGAUCUCCAGGUCUUUGCCAAAGCUUCAAGAUUCAGCUCUUUCUUAAAGGAGACUGUUGACGACAUGCCGUCUCCAGCAGCAGCUGCAACAGGAAAUGCAGCAGGUUUCUCAAUUUCCUUACUCCUCUGUCUCGCUGUCCCCAUUAUCUCACUGUUUCUGGUGUCAGGAUGUUAGGUCUGUUGUGAAGUCGUUCAUUAUUGCACAUAAAAGAUAUCCGAAUCACUUGUCCAGAGAAGUUAAUAUGUUUAUAUCAGAAAAUAUAUUUUGCAGUAUUUGGAUACAGGGAAAUGUAUUUUUUAACAACCUACCUCACUGAAUCCGGUCAAAUGAAGGACAUCUUCCAAGUUCUAAUUCAUUCUAUAUGCCGCUUUACCUCUAGUGUCUUUGUACAUGAAAAUGUGAUGACGGGUCAUGUAUGAGUUUUACAAAUGUUAAGACAAGUAAAAAUACAUUUUAAUAACAUGCAUAAUAAAUAAUGAUGAAGCAU